ACUAAAAAUUUUCAAAUGCAAACUCCGUGCGUGCUCCUCCAGCUCCCCUUUGUUUGACCUUAACGCGUCAAAACGGCGUUCCCAAGCCCCCAACUGGUUCUUCGAUCACUCUGUAGCUGCGCCAAGAAGAUGUCGGUCAAAGCCAAAAUCGGUCCAAGCAUUCUGAAUGCCGAUCUCGCAAACUUGGCUGCGGAGUCCCAGAAGUUACUGGACAAUGGGGCCGACUACCUGCACCUGGACGUGAUGGAUGGAAACUUUGUUCCGAACCUCACCUUUGGUCAUCCUAUGGUCAAGAGCUUGCGCAACAAGAUCAAGACCGCGUUCUUUGAGACGCACAUGAUGGUCCAGAAUCCGGAGCAAUGGAUAUCACCCAUGGCCGAUGCGGGCGUUAACCUCUACACGUUCCACAUUGAGCCAGUGGACGAUGUGGGCAAGGUUAGUCGCCUGGUGCAGGAGGCCGGAAUGCAGGUGGGAUUGGCCAUCAAGCCGGGCACCAAGGUGGAGGAUUUGGAGAAGUACAUCAGCAUAGCCGAUGUAGUGCUGGUUAUGACCGUCGAGCCCGGCUUCGGGGGACAAUCUUUUAUGGCCGACAUGAUGCCCAAGGUGGAAUGGCUGCGCCAAAACUAUCCCAAUCUGGAUAUCGAAGUGGACGGCGGUGUGGGCCCAAAGACAAUUGAAUGCUGUGCCAAGUCGGGAGCCAACAUGAUUGUCUCGGGCACAGCCGUGGUGGGCGCCACCGAUCAGCGACAAGUCAUCAAGGAAAUGCGAGAAGUUGUACAGAGCUACAUCAAGUGAAGCUGCAUUUAUCUAUACUAAGUACUUAUUAGGCAUAGAGUGUAAAGAAAAAGACAUGGGCAAAAAUAUAUGUUUUUAUACAUUUA